UCCGACUCAUUCGUGGACAGUUUGAUGAAAUAUAAAACGGUCGAUAUAAAUUGUACCUUUCUGCUAGUUAUAAUACCGUUAAAAUCGUAGCUUUAUAGUUUAAUCAUUUCUAGCGUGUUUCGGACAGGGUUGGGUCAGUAGUUCCGCUUCCCCUGCGCCAUUGCGGAUCUACCCCGGUCCAAGAAGAUUAAAGAAUAAAAGGAACGUACGCAAAAGAUUCAAUAUCAAGUUGUCUAAAAAGUAAUAAAGUAUUGUAAUAAACCAUAUGACAGGUGUUAAAAGCGGACAAACUGUUUGACUGCUCUGAAAAGGCGAACAAAGUUUUGUGGAAGUUGCACAGCGCGAGUUUCGCUGGUAGGUGUCUGCGCCCGAGUCUCUCUCCCCUCUCCCCGCCCCUGACAUGUCCGAUAACGGAGAGCUGGAGGACAAACCGCCGGCCCCGCCCGUUCGUAUGAGCAGCACCAUCUUCAGCACCGGCAGCAAGGACGCCAUGUCAGCCAAUCACAGCUCGAAACCCCUGCCCUCGGUGCCCGAGGAAAGGAAACCCCGCAACAAAAUCAUCUCCAUCUUCUCCGGAGCAGAGAAAGGGGGCAGAAAGAAGGACAAAGACAAGGAGCGCCCUGAGAUAUCGCCCCCCUCAGACUUUGAGCACACCAUCCACGUGGGCUUCGAUGCCGUCACAGGAGAGUUCACCGGCAUGCCGGAGCAGUGGGCAAGGCUGCUGCAGACCUCCAACAUCACCAAGUCGGAGCAGAAGAAGAAUCCGCAGGCCGUGCUGGACGUCCUCAAGUUCUACGACUCCACGGGAAACAGCAGGCAGAAAUACCUCAGCUUCUCCUCGGAAAAAGAUGGCUUCCCAUCAGGAGCACAACCUCCUGCCAAGAAGGGCACGGAACCCAUGUCCUCGAACAUCAAGGACAUAGACGAUGAGGACGACGACGAGGCACCGCCCCCAAUCGUGGCGCCCCGCCCGGAACACACCAAAUCUGUAUACACCCGCUCUGUCAUCGACCCCCUCCCCCCACCCGCCACCAGCCCAGACGGAGACUCGGCCUCCAAAGCCGCUGACAGACAGAAGAAGAAGCAGGGCAAGAUGACGGACGAGGAGAUUAUGGACAAAUUGAGAACCAUCGUCAGUAUCGGAGAUCCCAAGAAGAAGUACACGCGAUACGAGAAGAUUGGACAGGGGGCCUCGGGCACAGUAUACACCGCCAUCGAUGUGGCCACUGGACAGGAGGUGGCCAUCAAGCAGAUCAAUCUGCAGAAGCAGCCAAAGAAGGAGCUGAUCAUUAACGAGAUCCUGGUGAUGAAAGAGUUGAAGAACCCCAACAUUGUCAACUUCCUGGACAGCUUCCUGGUGGGGGAGGAGCUUUUUGUGGUGAUGGAGUACCUGGCGGGCGGUUCCCUGACUGACGUGGUGACCGAGACCUGCAUGGACGAGGCCCAGAUCGCCGCCGUCUGUAGGGAGUGUUUACAGGCGCUAGAGUUCCUCCAUGCCAACCAGGUUAUCCAUCGAGACAUCAAGAGUGACAACGUGCUGCUGGGAAUGGACGGCUCUGUCAAACUCACCGAUUUCGGGUUCUGCGCCCAGAUCACCCCCGAGCAGAGCAAGCGCAGCACCAUGGUGGGCACGCCUUACUGGAUGGCCCCGGAGGUGGUGACCCGGAAGGCCUACGGGCCCAAAGUGGACAUCUGGUCCCUGGGCAUCAUGGCCAUCGAGAUGGUGGAGGGAGAGCCCCCCUACCUGAACGAGAACCCCCUGAGGGCGCUGUACCUGAUUGCCACCAACGGCACCCCGGAGCUCCAGAACCCAGAGAAGCUGUCGCCCAUCUUCCGCGACUUCCUCAACCGCUGCCUGGAGAUGGACGUGGAGAAGAGGGGCGGGGGCAAGGAGCUGCUACAGCACCCCUUCCUGAAGCUGGCCAAGCCCCUCUCCAGCCUCACCCCCCUCAUCCUGGCUGCCAAGGAGGCCAUGAAGAGCAACCGCUAGAGGGGCCCCCCCUGCCCCCCUGGCCUCAACGUCCGAGCUGUGCCAAUCCCAUUGUGCCAAUUCGCCAGCAGGGCCCCGUCACCGGACCCUGCCGAGACCAAAAUGUACCGCUCUGCCUGGCCACCAGGGGGCACAGCACCACCACCGGCCUUACAAACUCGCCUGCUUUUUUCCAGCCUGGAGUUAUUUAACCGUUUCAAAAAGUGUAGACUGUGGGAUGGACAUGGUUACCCCACAAGAGGAGCUGAUGAGGAGAAUUUAGUGCAUUUCAUUUUAGAUUACCUUGAGCUGAUGAGAAUUAUCAAGCGCUUUCACUGUCGAUUUUUCUGAAUUGAUCUGUGUUUUUCGGGCUUUGUUUCCUCCGAUCCUUACUGAGUUUUUAGCUGGCAUCCACUUUGGUAUUACCAUACUUGAAUUAAUUUUCAUAACUCCGCCCUCCCCAUCUCCCCCAAUAUCUCCGUUUCUGUUUCUGAAGCCAUCUUGGAAACGGAACGUGAAUCCUUUUUGUAUUGCAUCGUGUCGGAAGGUUUUCUAGAGAGGAACUGAACGGGCACUGUGGGAUGACUGUGACCUCUAGUGGUGAAACAUCUCAUUACCGCAGGAGAAGAGUCCAUCACGGGAAACACACUACAGCUUUUAGGGCUGCUGUUUCCGUUUACAAAAAAUACAAAGAAUUAAGUAUUUCCACAGAAUUUCGCCAAAAUUCUGAUCAGCAGGAUAAUAUAUGCUACAUUUGAAUACAAGUAAAUGUAUUUCAACAUUAGGUCUUUUUCAGAUAGGAAGACUUAAGCGGCUGAAAUCAUUUUCAUAUUUUCACUAGACAUCUGGAGUACACUGUGACUGGAUAUGAAGGGAUGUUGUUUUCCUCAUACAUUUCAGCACAACGUUGGGAAUAAUCUGCGUACCGAGGGUAACACGUAUUGAAUUAGCAUUGCAGUAUUGUUUUGAUCAUAUUUUGAAUGCUCUUAGCAGGUUACUCCUUUGAAUUUCAUUUCCAGACAAUUGUACAGAAACUUUUGGAAAUGCUACGAAAGACCCAGCUAUGGACCCCCCUAGUCACCCUAGGGUUAAAAAAUAUAUAUAUUUAAACCGUAUUCUCAGUUUCGUAAACCGUACACUCGGUUUGCUAAUCUUCACCCUUAAUUUUGUAAUCCGUGCGUUCAAUUUGCCAAUCCAUACCCUCAGUUUUGCAAUCCGUGUGUUUUGUUUACCAAAGCUGCAUCCACAAAGGCAAACCGAAUGCUUGCAGAUUGCGAAACCGAGAGUAUGAUUUUCGCGUGCUAAUUUUUUUUUUUUCACCUAGGGUGACGGGGGAGCUCCGUACCCCGCUGUCAGGCUUGAAGUCUGCUAGUUUCUCAGUUACGUUUUUCCCUGCCAGGACUGCACGGUCUUUGCUCAGAUUUCCUGGUUUUGUGGGUGUUCACGGGAUACACUAUUCCUCACAGCCGAAUGAAUGCUUGUGAGCGACAAGGUGUUGUUCUUUCUCUUUCCUUGUGCUUUUCCUUAAAAAAACAAAAAACGACAAAAACAGAACUAACCGUUUACUGUAUGAGAUGAGCUAUGUCUAUUUACUACACAGGGACUUAGGUAGCUAAAGUUUAAAAAAAGUUUUUUGUAUAUUAUGUACUUUUAAAGAAAAAACUAAAGUGGAUUCCGCUGAGUUAGAUCAGGACAUGUUUUGACUAGCUGUUAUAUAUGUAUAUGUAAACUUUUUUUUGUUUUUAAUAACUAACAGUCUGACAGUCUGGCACAGGUUAAAGUAUUUGCAGAUGUGAAAAAUGAUCAGUGUACGUCCGUGUCUGUCGAGUCGAAUUCCGUAUUGCGAAUGAAAGCCUCCUCUGCAAACAGAAAAAAAAAUCAAAGAUGCGAACUUUUUGAAUGAAAAUGUAUUUUUAUUUCUCCCUUGUUAAAUUAAACAUGAAUAUAUCAAUCAAAAAUAUAUUGAAAACCAAAUGGUAUUUCUAAAGUUACUACAAGGUUUUUCCAACUGCCUCUUAUUCUGGUUAAUUUUAAUGAGAUGCUCUUGAAAUCGUGUUUUGUAUUUUUGCAGGUUCCUCAUUUGGUAACUGAUGUUGUAAAAUUCUAAGAGAAAUUAAAGGAUUUGUCUGAA